AUCGCCCCUUACUUAUCCUCGGGGCGCCCCUCUUUCUUUCUCUUCUCCUUCAGCAAGGUAAGAUGGCGGACGUAAUUUCUCACAAACCACGUGUAUUCAACUAAAAGUGCAUCUUUACACAUCAUCAAACAGCUUUUAACUACUUGUUUGUGUACUUACCAGUAACGUGUGUAUUUUUGAUGCUAGAUGCCCGGUGGUGUGACAGUAAAAGACGUUUGUCCUCACGAAUUUAUCAAGGCUUUGGCGGCCCAUUUGAAAAAGUGAGUAGUGUAGUUCCUAUCGCUGAACUUUUCGCGUUGAAAUUCCUUUAUGGAUCGCUCAUAUGAUACGCCUUUGCUAUUUCGGAAAUUUAGUGUAGGUAAAGACUCUUUCUGAAGGUAUUUGCCUACUUCAUGUUUGGCUAAUUAAAUUGCUCUACUUUUUACUGUGUUUGUUGAUUUGGAGGUUAAUUUGUUUUGUUCAUGAUCAGGGUUGCUUACAUCAGAUAUAUGAUCUUAUUAAAAAGCCACUAACGUUCUAGAGAUCAUAGCUAAUGGCAACAAACGAAACUGACAUGUCCACAUCAAUGUUUUAUAAAUAAAAGUUUAGUUGAUCAAACCAAACUGAAGUCAUGCAAAUCUCCAAUCAUCUCUCGAGAGUGUUUGUAAUGCAGGCUGUCAACCACCCAAAUCUUCACUUUUGACUUCACUUGUACAAAAAUACUUGUUGACUGCGAUCGUAGUGAAUUGGCAAUGACACAAAACACUUGAAAAAGAUGUUGUUGGCAUUGUAACAUUUGACCUGAUUGUUUUACUGCCCACUAAUCACAUUAUUAUAUGACAAAGGCAUACUGGAUUUUAUGAGGAAACGCUUGAUGUUAACAGCACAAAAUAGUUGAAAUUUUAUCGUCGGAAAGUUACUUAAGGCUACUGAAGAAGUGGCAAACUUUGGCACUUGUCCAGGAGAUUUCAGACUCUAAUAUGGACACUGGGAGAUCUUUGUGUAAAGACAAAAAAGUGCUUGUAAGCCUAAGGUUCUUUAUUACACUCAACCACUUAAGAGACUUACACAUUGGGCAGUUCUAACUGUUAAGCGUGUGAAGGAAAUGCCACUGCCACCCCAUUCUAUGGUAGUUUUUCUAAUUGUUGCUGUGAGGUGGUUAUUUAGGUUGUAUAUGUACAUGUACACAGGAAUCUCUCUGAACCCAAUCCUCUGCCUUCUUUGUCUUGAUUUUCACUGCAAUUUCUACUUAGAUUGCUUCCCCUUCUUGGCUACAGUGCAGCUCUAAAGCUCUCUUUAUGAGUUCUUAAACUCAUCAAGAGAGAUGAGUGUUAGAGGCUGUUAGACCUAUGAACUGUGGCUGAGUGCAUUGUGUAACCUUGACAACCCAGGUUCUUCCACCCAGGCACCGUGAUACUGCUUAUCAGUAUCCUGCGAAAAUGGUCGUUUCUCCUAGCUCCUCGCCGCUGGGGACAUUUCGCGAGGAUAAAUGUCUGCUACUCAGCAACAGAAAUUCCAUACUGAUGACGUAAAUCAAUGUUUACAUAAUAAAUCCGGUAGUCAUGGGGUUCCAAAUGCAGAUUUGUUCAAUUUUACAUUUCUCCUGGUCAGUUUUGGUUAAGUGUCGAGUUCAUCUGCGAACGAGCUCCAGCGAAACUUAAAUGCUUCUUUUAGAGAAGAAUAUAUUCCACAAAUAUUGGCUGUUUUGUUACAGAUUCGUCGCGUUUAAAUUUGACCUUCGUGGCCUUCUGUCUUUUGUCGGUCAUUCGUACACAAUAUCUAAAACAAUGUAACUUGAAGAGCGAGGAGAAACGACUGUUUUCGCAGGCUAGCAUAUCAGUGGAACCUAACGUACUUACCACGUAGUUUAUAGGGGAGGGGGGGAGAAGGGUAGAGAACAGAAAAACACUUUGCAAAUACAAGCCAUGAUAGGCAAUGACACAUGAACAUAAUGGCCUGACCUUAAGAGAAAGGCUGUAAAGUAAAGCUGUAUGCCCUUGCGACACCAUUAGGAUACCCGGCCAAAAAUAACUCCUAUUAGAGACUGCUGGCCAGCCAAGUCUCAAUUUAAACUUAGCCUAAGUUAGUUUUAUUUAGCCACAUUUAAAACUGCUGUGUAUACAUUAGAUUAAUUUUAAGCCCAAGCAUCAUCCUUGUAGUCAUACAUUAGUAAAUACUGAUGUACAGUCUGAAUAAUGUUUGUGAUUAGGGGUGGAAAGCUGAAAGUACCAGAAUGGGUUGACCUGGUGAAAACUGCGAAAAGCAAAGAACUUGCUCCUUAUGAUCCUGACUGGUAUUUUAUCCGAGCAGGUGAGCAGAAGUUAAUGCAAAUGGUUUUGUUGAGUGAUAUUGCAUUUGUUAGCUCGUAAGAAGAAACAGUGCUAUACUCUAAUUUCUAUUUCACUGGAUUUUGUCAAUCCCUCACUGGAGGGGGAAAACACUAAUAAGUUAAGUUAUGUAAGUUGUUUAGCAGUAUUGCACCUAUUAACAUUGAGGAAGAAAGUUAUGUUAUUUCAUUGUUACAGGAAUUUGUCAAUCCUCAUUGAAUGGGAAAAAGGUACUGUUAAAGGAGUUGUGUCACGAAAUUCAGUCAAAUUAGGAAAUUACAAAAUGCCCAUUAAGGUCUCGGUAAAGGAAAACGAGGUGCCCACAGAAAAAAAUUCUAGUCGCGCGAGUAUUUUCGCUACAAAAGCAAGUUAUAUAUCAAAUUAAAGCUAAAAGACUAAAUUACCUUAUAAAAGAUUUUAUUUCAUCGAAUUUCAAAAGGCGCUUAAGUUUUUUGCUCUCGAACUCAGAGGUAUCGAGUUUACUGCUGAAGCUCCAGCCCUUUCGCGUUGUUAAAUAUUCACUUCCUUUUUAUUGCAUCUGAUUGACAGAUAAAAGACCUAAAAAAGGGUGUGAGGAAUUUUCCGAUUUCCCUUUGUAACUCAUUUUAUGUCAGUUUCUUUGCGUAAAUCGCGCUUGAGAUUCGACUUUUUAGUUUGAAAUGCAAUAAUUGCGCUAAUACGAGACAUAUGCAAAUUUCCUCACACCCUUUUUUAGGUCUUUUAUCUGUCAAUCAGAUGCAAUAAAAACGAAGUGAAUAUUUAACAACGUGAAAGGGCUGGAGCUUCAGCAGUAAAGUCGAUACCUCUGAGUUCGAGAGCAAAAAACUUAAGCGUCUUUUAAAAUUCGAUGAAAUAAAAUCUUUUAUAAGGUAAUUUAGCCUUUUAGCUUUAAUUUGAUAUAUAACUUGCCUUUGCAGCGAAAAUACUCGCGCAACUAGAAUUUUUUUCUGUGGGCACCUCGUUUUCCUUUACCGAGACCUUAAAUUGAGAGAAACAUAAAAAUAACUGCUUAAAACUUUAAAGGAAGGUUAAAAUAACAUAACAGAAACAACAGAUACCAUGGAUAGGCAAAACUGAAGAAGACUGAAACGGAUUGAAAUCAGGGUUUUUGAAAACUGUUCAGCCCAGCAGUUUUUCAGAGUUGAUCCCUGCUGCUCGCAACUUAAAAAAAUAAUAUUGCUCAGGAGACAUAUUUGUUUGUCUCAGAUCUCUGAUUUUGUCAUUUACCUGUAAUUUCUUUGCUUACUUUAAGUUCCAAAGCGAUUAAAGGCGAGUAAUUGGCAAAACUAAGCAAAAUGAACUGGACUGCCAUGACACAGCCCCUUUAAGAGGAACAAUUUAAACUUAAAGCACGUUCAUACUCAGGGCUCAAAAUUAAUAAUUUUUUUGGCUAACCGUGUCAGGUUACUAAGGCUCAUUUUUAGUAACCAAGCAUCAGAAACUACAAACCGUUGGUUAAUGGGUUACCUUUAAUUUUGAGCCCUGAUACUUAUUAUAUAUUGGUAAGCUAACUUCUUAGCGUCAGAUGCUUAACAAUUUCUCUUUUAACAAAAGGGUUGGAUAUUGUACCUAAACAAAAGCUUCUGUUUGACAUCUAACAUUAGUUGCUUCUACUUCAUUUUUUCUCAUGCGUAUGCUUCAUGCUUUCUGCUUUCUUCUUUGUUCUAGGUUUGUUUAUGCUUUCUUUGUCGUUUAUUUAUUGGGUUUAUUUGUAUUUGUUUAUUCACUGUGGAAUUUUUUUAAUAUAUGCUUGAUUAUGAAGCAAUCAACAUAAACAUAAGCUGGAGUCUAACAUUUUAGGUUGUAAGCACUUCCAUGUUUCCAAAUAGAAUUGUAAAAAAAAUUGAAUAAAAGUGUACAUUUGUAACGAAAAGAGAUUUAAGGGAAAAGUGAAUAAAGUUGUAUUUUAUGUAGUAUCAUAUCACAUUGAAAGUUGUAUCAUAUAAAUGUUAUUAAUCAUCCAUUUAUUUUCCUUUGGUUUUAGCCUCCAUCCUUCGUCACGUGUACCUUCGCAGUGGAAUUGGUGUGGGUCACCUUACACGUGUAUAUGGAGGUAACAAGAAUUGGUUCAUAAAAAAUACUUGUUCAUUUUAAAGUGAUUUAGUUCAUGUAUGUCUUUUGAUAUUUUAAGACAUUGUCUGUCUUGACUCAAGUGAUUCAUUCCAGCAGGGAUGCAUGUCACAUUAAUUAAGCCUUGCAAUUUUAAAGUGAAUUGUGACCCUCCACGGGAAAACGUACACUAACGACCUUCCGUUAAACGGGCUAAAACGUUAGCUAUCCGUUAGUCAUCCGUUAGAAAAAUUGAUGAAAACCGUUAGUAGCGUUGGUAAAUCCGUUAGCUGGUGACUCUUGCCCGUCAGAGCGUUAAUCAUAUCCGUUAGUGGCGUUGAUUAUUCCAUUAGCACCCGAUCCUUGCCCGUUAGAGCGUUAGCCGUAUCCAUUCCUUAGUCAAUCCGUUAGUCUGAUGAUCUUUACUCGUUAGAAAACUUAGCGACAACUAACAUUCGUUUCUGAUAAUGGAAACUCGAAAGAUGCUAAAGAGAGCUUCUGAGAGUUCUGUUUUUGUGCUCUCUUGCACAAAAACAUCCAGUGACAAAAGUCUCAGCUUUAUUUGUUACAAUGAUAUUUCUGGCAAGAUGCACAGAGACAAUUGAAACGGCAAAAUACUCUGUCUUAACAUAGUUACUAACUAUGGUCUUAAACGUUGAAUUUCGUUACAAAAGUGUUUAUGAUGCGCCAUUUAUUGAUGAGUAAUUCACAGGCAAGUGAUUGAUAUAAAAAAUUAUUGGCAUGUGCCGCCGAGUGUGAAUUUACGGCGUCAUGAGAAACAAAAAAGUGAUAUCUCUGGUUCCACAAGGCACACAAAUUCGAUUGAAAGGGCAAAAUACUGUGUUUAAAACGCUGAAUUUCGUUACGAAAGUGUUUAUGAUGCGCCAUUUAUUGAUGAGUAAUUGUUUAUUUGGCAUGUGUUGCCGAGCGUGAAUUUGUGGCGUCACGAGAAAAAAGAAUGUGGUAUCCCUGGUUCUACAAGGUGCACCAAGUCGAUUGAAACGGCAAAUGAACAAAUUUUUUGAAUGGAGAAUUAUAACCCAAGCUGUUCGAACGGCUUCCUACCAUAUUCUCUUCAACGCCCCCCACUGCAUAAUUCCGUUCCUUAAGUUAACUCAUAAAGCGGUUCGAAUACUUUGAUAUGCUGGCUUCAGUUCAUCAGGUUAUCAAAGAAAUUUGCAUAAAGCAUGUGAACAUGAAGUGUCAAUUAACCGGAGAUACGCAACGCAACGCUUCCGCUCUCUUCAUUCCCGGUGGAUCAAAUUUCAACAAAAUUUGCAUAAAGUUGUUUAGUUCGAAAUGUCAAUGAGCGAGAGUCGACUAAUAUUAUUUUAAUUUUCCACGAAACUCAAAGGUCCACUGAUGCAUUUUGGGAACAACAUAACUAAGAUGGAUUGAGAUAACCUGCCAGACAUUCGCUGUAGUUGGUUAGCGGAUUCUCAACAAGAGACGCUUUUGACUGUCAGCCGCAGUUGUUUAUUGAUGGUCAGGGCUGUCAUUAAGAGGCGGGGGCCGGGGAUUUCACCCGGCUACUAUAAACGUGGCCCCCGGCUACUUUGAUAAGAAAAUAGAAGAAAAUAGAACCAAACGAAAUGACUAGCUGUUUUAUUCCCCGCCUACUUGUUGUAUUUACCUGGCAACUUGAAAUCUUAGUGACAACCCUGGAUGGUGGUCUGGUGUCGCUUUUUCGCUCGAUUACGACUCCGUUUUUCGGCUUGUUUCGUUAGGGACAAUUGCCAAUGUCACGUAGAAAACAAAGAGGAAUGGAAAGCGAAUUGUCAGAAUCGUAACUGUCACAAACUAUCUGGCUUUUUCUGAGUAUUUUUGUCGAUGUUUUGGGAGAAUUGAGUCAUGUCACUUGUCGAUUCUACCCCUUGGAAGUCCUGAUUGAAUGUUGUUAUCAGUUUUAGCCGCUGCAAAACCACGCUUCCUUUCUUUGAUCGACCGUUUAACUAAAGACUUCGCUAAAAGGCAAGAGAUAAUACGUGACCGAUUCGAUUCAUUUCAUUCUGAUUCAAUUUCCGCAGUUCAUGUGUUAUUUCAUUAUUAUACAUCAUUCACAACUUAUGAUCUUUUUAUUUUAUAGAAUUAAGACUUUAGUGGUGAUCAGUCACUAGAACUCUAGUAUAAACCGUUAGAACGUUAACGCAAACCGUUGGAGUGUUAGAGCGGACCGUUGGACCGUUAGGACAACCCGUUAGAGCGUUAAGACAAACCGUUAGAAGGCCAGGGCCGAGCGUUAGAACGUUAGUACAAAGCGUUAGAAUGACUUCAGAGCCGUUAGCAAUCCGUUAAGUAUCCGUUAGUUUUCUAACGUUUAACGGAAGGUUGCUAGUGUACGUUUUCCCUUGGAGGGUCACAAUUUCGAAAAUGUUCAAAUCUGUGCAGCACAUGUAGAACUCUUUUCAACAAUGUAUAAAAUCGUGUCUUUGAUCUUUCAGAUUGUAAGCAAUAUGAAAGCUUUGGUUGAUCUGUUAAACAUAAUUCUAACAAGAACUCUUUUGAUAGCAUUAAACCGAGCUUGUGUGGAGAUUAGAUAAGAAAGAAAUGAAAAGGCAAUUAAUACACAAAAGAGGAUUACCUCACUAGAAGUUUUUUGUGUCAUACUUUAUCGACAGUUGAGUAUUUUGUAUCAUUUGAUGAUUUUUUUAUGAAUUGAAUAAGUAUGCGUGCAUAACUACACAAAAAUCAAAGGCCUUGAUACAGAGAAAUUACAUUGCCAAAGAGCAAACCGUGAUGAACAUGGCGCAUCACCUCAAUCAUUGCCGAAAAUGAACCGCAUGCUCUUCACGAGACUCAUUUGCAUACAAUGAAAGUUUACAACACCUGACCAUUAUUUUAACCAUUGCUCAUUAAAAUUCUUCUUUCUUUCACUACUGACAUGCUCACUUGUUCCAUGGUUAUCAAUGCUUUCAAGCAAUAGAUUUCGUGGACUGACCCAUUCUGGUAAAGCUUUACAUCUUUCUCAUUAAUCUGCCUUAAGCUUUCUUCACAAAACAUGCAUGGCGCCGGUCACGCUUCGUUUCUUAUCCCCAGUUUGCACAAGUCUCCGCUAAGGUUGCCUGGGGCCAUGACCGCCCCUUUUUGUGUGCACACUUGAAAAGGGUAUCAACAGCGUGUUAAAAAUAAAUUUUUGAUCACCGUUAUGUUGCGUGUAUAUUUAUUUGAAAAGCAAGAAACAAGCUAAUCAAACUGCCUGUUGUUGUUAAACAGGGCGCAAGCGACGAGGCUCAAGACCGAGCCACUUUGAGCGCAGCUCAUCAUCUGUAGCACGCAGUGUGUUGAAAGGCCUUGAACAGCUGAAGCUCAUUGAGAAAGACAGCAGUGGGUAAGUUAUUUGAACAUGCAGUAAAUUUAUUGAUGCUCUACAUUGUCGAUAAUAGAGAGGAGAAGUCAUUACAUCACAUUGCCAUGGUAGCAAAAUUUCUGGUUAACAACAAAUCAAAAUGUCUCUUAAAAAGUGGAUGAAUUCGCACUUCAUCGAUCUUAUCAUGUCUUAUCUAUAUUGGCGAAAUUUUCUGGGUUGAAUCUGAAAGGACCAUAUCUAAGUUUAGAAAAAGAAACAGAAAAUUUUUGUGUUGUCAGGGUUGUCAAAAGUAGCCAGCUGCCAGCGAAAAUCGCCGCCUAUUUGUUUAGUAUCAGCCAGGUACUCUGCUUGGCAUUUCUUUAGGGGAGGCAUUUUUUAAAUGAGAUAUCACUGUUCACCAACAAGAUUGGAAGAUAAAGAGCAUAAUUUUCUUUGGAUUUUCAGUAAUUUUGGAAAAAAAAUAGCCUGGAGAGUGCAUAAAACAGCAUUUCAGAGUAUCUAAAUAUAAAAAGUUUGCUGCGGAGGGCGCCCCCAGAACCCCCAAGAGGCUUGCACCUUUGGUGCUCAGCAGUGCCACAAGCGCUGGCCGCUUACUUUGACAACCCAGUCAUCUACUUAAAAACUUUCUGCCAACCCUGGUUGUGCUCACCUAGUGGAUAAAGCGGGCAAGUGAAAUUUCGAAGGUUCAUGUUGCAGUCGUGCAGCCACGGCUAAGAAAUGUACAACAAAGCUUGAUGCAUGAGCAAAGUUGUUCUUUUGCCAUUCUAAACUUAUUACUUUUUUGUUGUUGCAAAAACUCCCUAUUGUUGUGAUCCAGAAAUUUUGCUACCAUAGUAACGUGAUGUCACACUUCUCCUCUCUAUACAGUCAAACCUGGCAACAGCUUUCUGUGUUAAGUUAACCCAUUCGCCCCUGAACCGCCCGUAACCGCCCGUGCGGAUCCAGGUCCUUUCUACCCUUUGUGAUAUCAUCAGUUUUAACGGUCAAGGACAACUUUCUUUGCUAACUUGUGCAGAGUGAAGAGAUCUUUCAAACCAUACCAGAAUGAGCACAAUUCAGUCAAGGACACCGGAGAAAGAAGCAAAAAACCACGUGACAAGGACCUGAAAAUCUCCAUGAAAAUCUUGUUCCAUUACCCACCUACUUUUCCUUUCACCUAAUCCUAAGAUCCUAAAAGCUUUCCUAAAAACUCUUCCCACCAAAAUGAAGCCUACUAAAUGCCCAGCAAGAGAAAAAAAAAAUGAGGCAAGAAAAGCGAAAAAAGAAGGGAGGAGAGAAAGCGAAAAGUCAAAGUCAAGACUGCUGUGUCACUUUUAAACCCAAAACCUAUGUUGAAAUUUUGCUUUCUGCGCAUGCCCGAACUUCGCAAGCUGAUAUUUUGCAUCUGGAUCAGAAGGCCGCCAAGUGUACGACCUGCAAACCGGUUUGUGGUAAGUUUUAGCUCUUUAUAGCACGACAGUGACCAGAAAACCACUCGACUAGCUUCAAAACGCGUUUUUCGGCAAAAUCUCCAGGAGCGAAUGGGUUAAUGAUAGUAUAAUAAUAAUAUUUAUUAAUUUGUACUGCUCAAAUGUCAAUCUGGAAAAAAUUUUCAUCUGUUUGUGCAUUACAUAAAUCCUACUUAAAAAUCCUAUUGAAAAAAUCUACAUUUUUUUAAAAAAAAAUAAUAUCAAUAAAAUACAUUCCUAGUACAAAUCCUAAUUCUAAAAAUUCUUAAAACAAUGACUAAUUAUCCCUAAAAUCCUGUUAACAAAUCAUGUGUAAUGCUUGGCCAACUUUUUUGUUGUCAGCUUUGUUAUAAUAAUUGUUUACAGGUGCUUGUACAUUGUGUUCAUUUUUCUUUGGUGAUAUCUUGCAUUAAUUUUUCCACAAUCAUAGAUCACGCAAAGACGCAAGUCUUUGCCCUAAGAAAAAUAUUACUGUACGGAUGCCAAAAGCUCUUAACCUUCUCCAGUAAACAAAGAAGGGCUCUAAACAGUAGUCUGACAUAGCUGGCAUAGCCUUCCACACAGACGUUCUGUUGGCUCAUCACCCAAUCCUCCCCAACAAACUUCUGCUGAAAUGAGCUGUGAAAAACAUAGACUUAUCACAGCACUCUUCCAGAUCAGGGGAAGUGCACUUUAGACCUUGAGAAAUUAAGGGUGUAGACUCAGGUCGCAAGACUCCAGAAAGUGUCAACAAAGUCCGAACAGGUCUUCGUAAAGCAAAAGCUCCCAGAUUGCUUACAAUGUAGAACAAACUCCUCUGUUAAAAUAAUUAGCUUAUCUUGAAUAAAAAAAGGAAAAUCUAAACACUAAGGUCACAUAUGACACUAUCCGAGCUUGUGACUUGCUUUUAGUCUGUCAACACUUCUAGAGUGAUUGGCCUUUUAUUAAAUAAUCACUAAGUGCUGAUUGGUUCUCUGGUAAUUUGCAUGUGAUCUCCAGCUGAUACUUGUAAACAAAGGGAAACGAAUUUAACUGCUCAUUUCAGGAGACGUUCAUGGGGAAGGAAGCCCUAGGAACUUCUGUAUCGCAGGCUAAAGCUGGCCAUACUGGUCAAUUUGUAUAGAAAAUUGGCCGGUUCUGAUUUUUGGCACCAUUUUAAGAUUCCCCAAAGGCAAAAGUCUAACUUGCCAAGAGCAAGUCAUAUAACUCCAUUGCACACAAAGAGGGCUGUGGUUAAAAUAAUGAGCCAUACUGAUUUUCAAAAAUGAUUUCUUUACUUCAGUGGCCGAUCUCUCACCAGCCAAGGACAGAGGGAUUUGGACCGCAUUGCAUGCCAGGUAAUGGUUGGAAAAUUUUUUGUCUACAGUAUUUUAUAGAUUAUUUUUAUGCAUUGUUGCACCUAUGAUCCCAUUGUUCAAAGGGGUGUUAUUUUGCCUUUGAGGGAAACUUUUAGGAGACAAUCUCUUUUAAGUGAGGAAAUAUCAAAACUUUCAUCACUUCAUAUUUUAUUAUUAGUGUUGUUAUUAUUAUUUUUUUAUUAUUGUAUUAUUAUUAUUAUUAUUAGCUGUUCAUAGUUUGUAGUAAUUUUAAUGCCUCUUGUGCAAGCCAAUUGAAAUAAUGUACAAGUUUGCUUGCAUGAGUUUUGCUGAUAAAAUAUUGUAAGGAUUUCUUGUAUACAGAUAAUAUUAAUUUUCUGAGAAACCAUGAAACAAAUAACAGUAAUUAAACUUCUUGUAAUGCAUUUUUGGUCUGAAACCAUAAGCGUGAUUUACGGCUGUUUUGAAAUUGCAGAAUUCAGUCUGCCAAUAUUUAUUUGAUUUAGUGGCUGUUUUGUUGAAAAGCAGAAACAAAAAGGCUCUCACAUCUCAUUUUGUACCUGAAACAGAAAUGAUGCAAUAUAGAGCAAAAAAAAAUGGUGCGAUUUAACCCUUCAAGCCCCAAUAUCCACAUACAAAUUCUCCAAACUUAUCUCUGUACAUUUCCUUUGAGAAUUAGUUGAGAGAAUUAAAGAAAAGAUCAAGGCAUUUUCUUCUUGGUGAUCAUUUUACUAAUUCUCAUAACCUUAUCUCUUGACUAUGUAUGGUUAUCGUUAGGAGAAAAUCCAUGUUGGUCACAAUUGGGACUUAAAGGGUUAAAACAGAAAUGACAUAAUUUAGAACAUGAAUGAUGUGAUUUAUAACAGAUGUGAUUUAGAGCAAAAAGUAGUGUGAUUUGUGAAUAAAUCGCACUGCUGAGAGCCAAUCACAGUACAGGGAUUACCAGUGAUUUCAAAAUGGAUAUGAUAAAAGAAUUAAUAACUGUUGAAUCUCAUCACUUUGUUUCAUGUUUCUUUUUGCAGGUUUCAAGUGCCUAAUAAUAGCCCAGGCAACAUUUGAGUAACAAUAAAGUUUUCUGAUUUACAAGUGAAUUUAUUGCAGUAUUACAUUUAUGUUGUUACAAAACCACAAAAAUUAGUGUCAUUAACAUGAUAGGAAGAUUCCAGUUAUCUGCAUGCAGAAGCUACACUGUGCACCCCCAAAUCGGGUUUUAACAUGGCCUAGCAACACAGCUGACAAUCCAGCUAUGUAGUUGUUAGAGCGGAAAUUGAGCUCGGCACCUCCUAACUCACUCCCCGCACUCCAACUGCUCAGUCACACUGCCUCCAAACUACAUGUGAAAAACUAUUUGAGCGAAAAGUUGCGCAAAAAGGGCUAAUGGGGACAAGGUUCUGCAGUUGGGGGAAAAACGACAGCAUGACAAAACUUUCUCAUCAUGUGAACCAUAUUGCAUUCAUCCUUUUUUCGUAUAUUUUUCAACGAAAGCUUAUGUCAACCAGAAAGCUCUCUUAGCACGUCAUGCUCUUAAGCAAGAAAGCAGAAAAGAAAAUCCUCAUCAUCAGAACAAAAGUUAUGCAGGGUUCGCGCGCACCUUGAAAGUCCUUGAAUUUUAAAAUUCAAGGCCUUGAAAAUUGCAGUCGGUGCUGGAAAGUCCUUGAAUAUUGGUGCUACCUUUGUCCAACCCAGAUUCUCAAGGACCUUAAAGGAGCAAACAUAGGAAGACCUUCAGGACAAAAUUGCUCAUGUUGUGGAAGAACUAAAAAAGACACAUACUCGAGGCUUCUUUUAUCAUUGAAAGGAGUCCUUGAGAAAUGGGAAAUGUGUCCUUGAAAAGUCCUAGAACUUUUUCUUCAAAAGAGGGCACGAACCCUGGUUAUAAAAUCGCUUGCGCAUCUCCAAGAAACUUGAGCCUACUUGCCGAGUAGAAGUAAAACUGCUGGUGGUAGUGAGGGAGCAUAAAAAACGCUCUCUCUCAUUCUUAUGACCACACCUAUGACCGUCACCACAAUGCGUUUUCAUAUCAAGUUACAAUUGAUAGAACUUAGAGUGCAAACUCGAUGCCGAGAAAAAGAUAGGUAAUUAUUUAUGCGUUUCCAUAUUAAGUUACACUCUAUAGAACUUAGAAGGUGAACUCGCUAUCAGGUGGUGAACCGGCUGAUUCCCGGCACCCUAAUCCCUAGCCUGAAUAUCAGGUCUUCCUUGGGAGGUUAGCAGAGUGGAGUUUGGAGAUUUGAUGGGAGAGGAGGGAAGAGAGAGAUUUCCCCUCUUUUUCUCCUUUUUUCUCUUCUCUCUUCGUCUUUACGUCAUAUACUGGGAGGCUCUGACCGAAAGGGGUACCUUCUUCAGGCUUCAGUUAUACAGUAAAAACCCGCAACUAAGAACCUACAUUUUUAGGAGUUAGCCUAAACAGGUUCUUACAUAAAUGGUAGUUAACAGAAUUUUAGGCUAUUUAGGUUCUUAAAAUGGGUUCUUAAUCCUGGAGAAACUACAUCAAUUAUUUAAAGAUAUUUUUAUAUUAUCAUUAUUAUUAUUACUAGCUUUAAUGGAUAAUGGUGUGCCGAUCUACAUAUUGCUUAGUAUGCUUUGUAAGUCUACAUAUCUUGCACUCAUUUUUCUUUAAAAAACAUUUUUACAACAAUGGCAAUCUGCUUUUUUUGCUUCAAAUAUGAUUCUUGCAAUGCAGCUGUAAUGUACUAGUAUGAUUGUAGCAAAUAAGAACCUGUUUUAAAUUUCUUAGGCUAAAUAGGUUCUUGUUUAUAGGGGGUAUAAAUGACCAAUUUUAGGCUAACAGGUUCUUAAUUUUUAGGUUCUUAGUUGCGGGUUUUUACUGUAUGAAAGAAUAGGGAUUUCAUUAGUUUGAAUAUAUGAAAGGGUAGGGAGAUCUGUCAUUUUGGCCUGUAAAAAUGUCCAAAAGGGCUAACAUAUGCUUUUUACGGCUGUGAAAAGUCUAGAAAACGUUCUGGGUUUGUGAUUUAUUGAUCUUUGAAAGACCGCGCAUUUACACCAGUUAAAAGGGAUGCAAAGCUCUGAAUCCGCGUAUUUGAAAGGGGUACUAUUUGUCAAUAGAAGCUAAUAGAAAGUACAGGAAAGGGGUACCUUUUCUGUCAAAAAUAGUUUUUUUAUAAGGUAAGGGGUUGGACCUCGGGACCCAGCCUCCCCGUCAAAAACUUUGUUGAGACCCCCCCUCCACCUCCACGGGUACUCCCUGAUCCCCACUCCAGCUGACAUUUGAGCUCCAGCACGCAAGACAUAUCGUGAGGAAACUCGUGGUAAGAUGAGAAACCGGAAACUUCGGUUCAUAUUUAGAGGAGAUCAAAUUCCGCCUAAGGGUCACCGACGACGUGCAGUCCGAGCAAAUCAGGUUUCCCUGUGUAAGAUAUCCUGCCUUGUUUUAGGUAAGUAGCAUCCACUUAAUUACAAUUUGCUUCGAGAAAAUCAAGAAAAUCUUGUGACGUUAGAAUAACUAAGGAAAUUAUAGAAUUUUAAAGUUGUCAAAGAAAUUUCCUCAAAUAUGUCACUCGUGUACUCCACAGACAUCAACACUAGUGCCCCAAGAUCUCGAUCUUUAAUGAAGUUUACAAACGCUGUUUCAGGCUUCGUUAUUUCAGUAGAUCGGACAGAAUGUUGCUAACUUUGUAAUAUGGAAGACUAUUAGACUUUCCUUCCCCAAAGAAUGACUGUCCAUCAUAAAGAAAUUGGCCGGGGGCAUUGGCGGUUCACAAAAUUCCUGCCACGCGAUACACACUCGACAUACGGAUCACACGCAAUGCGCGAGGAAAAGGUCCUGCGCGCACCACGCUCACACUUAAUUGGCACCGGCCUUCGUACGCGAGUUUUCACUUCCUCCAGCAGUAAAACCGAGUUUAAUGUUUCGCUCUUUUUGUCUUUCACUCUUCUGAGAGAUUCGUUACUAUUCACUCCUCUCCUGUGCAGUACCUGUCGUCGCCCAACGUAAGACAGCUUUUCUCUGAUUUCGGAAUUCAGAUUUCGCCUUUCGGAGCGACUGUUGCAAUAGUUCUCUCGUUUUAUCUGUCUAAUUCCACAGGAAUAGUCAACAAAACAAGCAAUUGCUUACACGAUGUAUCUUUUGUCGUUUUCAUUCAGGUGAAUCUUCCUUCAAAAAGCCAUGAAGUUGCAUGCUGUGUUGUUUCUUCAAAAUACUUUGCUUGUUUUUGGUCAGCUUCAAAGGCCGUGGACUGCAAGGGACUGCCAAGAGGUAGGAAAAUCUUUCACUCCAGGCUGGUCUUGCAGCAGCGUUUCUUGUCAUUAUCUAGUACCGUAUGUACCUUUUGCCGCUUUAGAUCUUUGACGUUCCUGGGAGAUGAUAGGCGGGAAAAGGCCCCGGAGGGUACUCCCUUAGGCUGAUUUAGCAGCAGUGUUUCUUGUCAUUAUCUAUGUACCUUUUGCUGCCUUGGAUCUUUGACGUCCCUGGGAGGUAAUAAGUGGAAAGGAGGAGGAACUGAGGAGGGGAAGCACGGGUGAAGGGGAGUCGAGAAAAAGGCCCGGAGGGGUACUCCCUUGGGCUGGUCUUGCGGCAGGGUUUCUUGUCAUUAUCUAUGUACCUUUUGCUGCGUUAGAUCUUUCACUUCCCUUGGGGGAUGAUAGGUGGGAAGGAGGAGGAACUGAGGAGGGGAAGCACGGAUGAAUGGGAGUCGAGAAAAAUGCCCGGAGGGGUACUCCCUUAGGCUGGUCUGGCGGCAGGGUUUCUUGUUCUUGUCAUUAUCUAUGUACCUUUUGCUGCGUUAGAUCUUUGACUUCCCUUGGGGGAUGACAUGUGGGAAGGUGGAGGAGCUGAGGAGGGGAAGCAGGUCCUUUUUCCCGACUCCCAUUCACCCGUGGGGGGGGGGGGGGGUACUCCUUUAUCCAUAUAGGUAUGUACCGCUUCAAAGGGUAGGGUUCUUGCACCGUCUUGGUCUGAAAACGGGUAUAGACUUGGACCAAUUUGGUCUGGAAUCGGCUUUCGAGGGAGCUACUGUGGUCUAUGAACAUAUUUGUCGAUUGAUUUCAAAUGAAUAAGAAAUAAACCCAUAAUAUGCGACUUCGAAAUGAAUUUUAAGAAAUCUUUUUGUUGGCGUUCUAAUCUCAGUAAUGAUAUAAUUUCUGUCUUUGUAAACAUCUAUGUUACAUUUUGUGAAAUCCUCCAGGUCUGAAAACGGGUAUGAACUUUAGAGGCCAGGGCUGAAAACGGGUUUGGAAAAUGAAUGACACUUUUGGGUCUGAGAUAGGGUCAGGAUUUGGAGAACCGGGCGGCAAAUCCCCAACAAGAAUUUUCAGGAGUACCCCCCCCCCCCACCCAGGGAAAAAGAGCGGGCUGAAGCGGAAGGGUUAAAUGUAAAACGCUAAAAUUUUCCCCUUAUGGUAUGUAUAUCCUGAAGCAGUACUAAAGAGAAAGAUGAAAGAAAAACAGAAAUCUUAUUUAACUAGCAUUCAUUCUAUAAAUAUCAAAGAACAAAGUAUCCAGGUAACAACUAAAAUAAUUGUAAGUUCUCAGGUGGGUUGCGCUUGAGACAGUAGGCCAAGACAGGCUUGCUUCCGAUUGCCUGUUUUCAUGCCUUGGGGGGCUGGGUACGAGUGCGUGUAAAAUAGAGGAUUAUCAGCGCAAAUCAGCACCAAACUAGAGCACUGAUCUUUACAAUGUUUCUUGUACUUAACUUAGUUGCUAAAUUAGAUGUUAUGUUACAAAUACAAAAGUAUAGGGAUACCAUGAAACAAAUCCGCGUCAAAGAUUUCUGGUUUAUGAUGGCAACGAUUUUGUGAUUUUUCAGAUGACCAGAGAAUGCGAUCAAGUCACACGGGGAGUUCAAGGCUUGAAGGGACCCAAAGGAAUUCCUGGGGGACAGGGACCUCCUGGCUCCGUCGGAGCCAUAGGUCCCAAGGGAGCUAGAGGACCUCCGGGAAGAUCAAGGCCAGGAGGUCCCGGGUCUCAAGGGCCACCCGCUGGUCAACGUCCACGACCCGGCCCCCCUGGGGACCCUGGUGACCGUGGAGUAAAAGGACAAGCAGGAGAUCGUGGGGAUUCAGGGUCCCCGGGUCAGAAGGGAAGAAAAGGAUAUCCAGGUCUUGGAGGGCUUAAGGGUGCCAAAGGCAUAGAGGGAGAUUCCGGAAGAACUGGUCCCCCUGGGAAUAUCGGACAUCCAGGAACAAUGGGGAGUUGGUCGCGUUGCUCCUGGGAGAUAAAUCGCAGUAAAGACAAUGGCCUACUUAAGGUUGGCAAUUGAAGAAGAAUACUAUUAUUUUGUAGAACUUUCCCUGAUUCCCUCUGUACUUGUGUUCAGUCUUGAUUUUCACAACCCACGGCAAACGUUCGCAAAAGUUCCCUUACUUCUGUUUAAUUUCAUGCAAGGGCAAAAGAAAGCGAAUAACUUAACUGACUAGGUAAUCCAUCGCUCGAGAUCUCUGAAGGAUGAAUGUGUUUCCGUUUUGCUACCCUGAACAAUGGGUAGGUCGAGAGCUUGCUGAAUCUUACACGCACCCAUUUAGGUAGUUUGAGUUGUGUUUUGUUUUUAUACGAGGAUGGAAUUUAAUAGAAUCACUGUACUUUACGUGGCCCCAUAAAACAUCAAUAGCACUAUCGUCUAACCCGUCUGUUUAUUAAGCAAUAGGAGAAAUUUAAAGAACUACUUGUUGCGCUUGCGGAUUGCGGAUUUUCUUAACUAUUUUGUAACGUUCGCUGUAACUCUAGCUUAUUUUUCGGCUCUUCAGAUUUGAGACCGUUAUGUUGUUUCCAAGUCGCAAACUCGAAAAGAAAAAGUAUUGCGUGAGCUCUUGGAUGGUUUUUGGUUACAUCCCUCGCCAGAUUCCACACCCCUGUUUUCUUGUUUAACCGUUUUAGCCCUAAUAUCCACAUACAUUUCGUAAUAAACUAGUUGAGAAAAUUUGAUAAAAGAUCAACGCAUUUUCCCCUUUCGUGGUCGCUUACGUUAUUCUCAUAAUCGUUUCUCUUGAUGAUGUUUGAUUAUUGUUAGGAGAAAAUUGAUUUUGAUCAUUCUUGGGAUUAAAAGAGUUAACUUAACAGCCUCAAUUAAUCUCUCUUCUCCUUAGGAAUGCAUCUUCACCAAACAAGAUUCGAAUUCAGUCCUCCAUGUCGUUUACGAAGGCAAUCUUCACAUUGGUCUUUGCAAAACCUGUUGCAAGCGCUGGUACUUCAUGUUCAAUGACCUGGAAUGUAGCAGCCCUGGUCCUGUCGAUGCUGUGAUGUCAGGGGGUCUGGGCCUUGAUUAUCCCUUUUAUUCUCAAGGUAGAAUCGAAGGGUUCUGCGAGACGAGAUUUUCCGCUGGUCCAGUAAGAGUGGGCCUACACAUGAAGAAUUGCCCUACUUACUCAAGUUCAUUGAUUCCAUAUAACCUGCCGCUGAACAAUCGUUAUGGGAGCAUUUUAAUUCAAGAGGUUUCGCCAUCACAAUAAGAUGUGACUCAGAACAUAUAAAGGUUGUGGCAACUUGCGAGAAAGCGCGCGAUCUGAGGUCUCGGGCAGUAUAAGAUUCUUGACCACCGACCAACUACCCCUCCUCUAACCCAACGUCAACACUAUGAACUUAUUACUUAGGGAAAAAUGUUGGGUUAAGGGAGGGGUAAGAGGGCUGAUCUAAUAAAAUUCUGGGAAACUGUCCACCUAACCCUCUCCUAACCUAACGUGCAGGCGUAUUUUAUUGCUGUAUUAGCCGUUAUCUUUGAUUUCAUGACAGAGGAAGAUUGGGAAGAGUAGAUUCAUUUCCUCCUCUCUUUUGGAGUUUUAACAUGGCGCUUUCGAGAGGAAAAAUAUUUGCGUUCCUGAAGAAAACGCCUCCACUGCAGGCUAGGGAUUUUCAAAAACUUCUCCCUCUUGUUAUUCCAGAUCAAAAUGGUUACCCUCUUUCAUUUAUCUUAGCUAAUUGACAUCAAAAGCAGAUACCUAUUUCUUAUUUUACCCCGUCUAAUUAAAAUCGUUGAACUAAACUUAAAUACUGUUAUCAAAGAACGUUAAUUUCAUUUGCAUGCUAAUUCGGGAUGAGCGCCAAGCUUGAAAAUGCCAGCCCUCGAUUACGAUUGAUUAUAGUAAAUACUAUAUAAUGAACCCCAAUGCGAAAGAAACUUAACCAAGUCCACGAAGCCCAGAGCCCGCGCGCGUGGCUGCUGGCAUAAUUCUCUUUCAAAGAGGACGCUCACUUCCUGCGCGAUCCAUACGUGGCGCCACUUCAAAAAUGAAAGAAUCACUUCUUUGUGAUGACAACUGGGCCAUUGUGUGCAUUCACGAAAUGAAUUCAUGCAAUGUCCUUUUAAUCCGGAAAUCCUCACGAUCAUAAUAGUAUUACAAAGAACGCCUGUUUUGUGUGCAGCGAAAUAAACGUCACGCAAGUUGAUCUCAUCUUACUACUCGACGUCUUUAUCAUUUUGUCAACCUACGCUAGCCUUGUGUGAAUUGGAGAUCGAUGCAUUAACAAUGAUGACCACAGCUUCGUUUAUCUUCCUGUCCUUUGCCAUCUUUGAGAUAAUAGAUUCGCAAGGAGAUAUUGUGUGGACAGACCAGCAGUGUCGUAAGGUAUGUAAUAUGCAGUAAAAACCAAGUGUUAAACAUUUCUUAUAACGAUUUGAUGAGCCUUUGUUAGCCAUUUCCCUGUAUAGUUAGGCCAUGUAAUGUUCAAAACUGUAUUGCGGCUCAAAACGUACUGUCAUUUUAUAUUUUACAGAGUUCUUUUCGUUCUCGAUUGACAUGAAAUUCGGACUCUAUCCAGAGUCUAUCACUCACUAAGGGAGUAAUAUGAUGAACACAAUGCCACCAAAUAACAAAAAAUCCUCUCUCCCCUGCUAAAGGGUAGUUUUGUCAAUUUAGGGACGGACCAUUAGAAAACUUAUGGGGGGGGGGGACGAAGUACAAAAAAAAAUAUUCGCGCAAGGGAAAGUUAAAUGAAAAAAAUUCAUGCUAAAAAAUAUUCAUGCUGUGGCCUAAACUAAAAUUUAUACAAGGAAUUUGAUAACGAAAAAAAAUCCUGCGGCUCGAAAAUUCCCCUCCUCCCCAUAACUUUUCUAAUGGUCCGUCCCCUAGGAAAACCCUUGCCCCAUUUAAGGAAAAUAGAAAUUUGAAAAUUGAUAUCUUCAUUGCCGAAAAAAUUGAUGACAAAAAGGAAGAGCAUAGCACCCUACCCCUCCCCCCUUUCUCAUAUAUCAUAAACGCGGCUGGGAGGAUGACCCUUUUACCCGGAACAGAUUUUCUCCUAAAUGGUUGAUUUUUGAGGAGAAAAUUAAGUGUCAUGGUAAAUUAUUUUGACAUCACUAACACCUCCACGCCCCUUUUUUAAUCCAGAUGAUGGAACAAUGCGAGUUAACCUCAGGCCUUCCUGGAUUCCCGGGUCCAGCUGGACCUAAAGGAGCCAUCGGGGAGCCGGGGCCACCAGGCCCACCCGGAGAAAAAGGUUUUGUGGGACUCCCUGGAGAUCCCCCGAGACCAGGCAGUGGUCGCUCUGUGAAAGGACAGAAGGGAGAACCUGGAGAGUCCGGCGCUAAGGGCGUGAAGGGAUGGAAAGGUGUGGCUGGAAGCAAGGGAAGUGUAGGAGCCAUCGGAUCAUUGGGAUCUUCGGGAUUAAGGGGAGAUCGAGGGGAUAGGGGGAAUAUUGGGCCCCCUGGGGAAGACGGAGACCCUGGAAUGACCAAACUGAACUGGAAGCAGUGUUUGUUUAAGCCGGAUAUCAAUACGCCAAGAGGAGAGUUAACGGUAGGUUUACGGGAGACGCUGAUUUUGCAUGGUUAGCAUACAUGCGCAAUGCAGGCUUACAGGCCUUUUCUGGGGACAGAAAAGGAUUUAUGUUACAAAUAUGCAGGCGUCAUGCCUAACAAAUAUUAACAUUGUUGUUACCAAGGGAAUUGUGAACUCGACUUCCAACCGGGGUCAGGAAAAUGAGCCCGCGCUAAUCCCCCGAAAAAGUUGCAGUUUGAGGUUUGCCCCAGGCACAGUCGGCCUCUUACAAUUCCAACCGUCUGUUCUCGGGGAGGAGCGGACCCGAGAGAGCACCGGAAAUAGAGCCUAAGAGAACUAUUGAUUUUUUUUCUCAGUGUGAAGAAAAGCUAAGGUAAAAAUCGUAGGAAAACAUUUAGCCUUGUAUAUUUAGAGGUUUCAUUGUAGAACUGCAUUAGUAUCAUUUACUAGAUGCUUAAAUUGCCAAAAAUUGGAUACCCUAGUUGCUUUACCGAAAGUCUUCUAAUUUGAUUUGUGUGUUCUCUCCUAGUAUUGCACAUUUCUAAAGGAACGCGGUGAUACCUCAUUGCACGUCACCUACCAAGGCCAGACACACGUGGGAUUGUGCGACAGCUGCUGCAAGAUUUGGUACUUCACGUUUGACAACCUAACAUGCACCGAUCCUGGUAGCAUUAACGCUGUCCUUAGCGCCUUACAACUGUCGGGAAAUGAAGGGAAAAAUAUCCUUCCGGAUUUUAUGCACGGAAGUAUCUCUGGAUAUUGCAAUUCUGUCCCAAGCGGAUCCGUUCGCGUGGGGUUAUCACUAGACGACUGCCCCGGGUAUUCCAGUGAUAGGAAAAACGUCCAAAGUGUUAUCCAGCUUAACAGUCGAAUAAUUAUCCAAGAAGUUCCCGCCCCGCAAUUUUAAAAUCCAAUUUGAGGGGGAAAAUGUUAUCGAAUUGGGACGCGUUCCUUGUUCUUUUCUACGCAUUUUAAAGAUCGAUACUUCUUCAUGUUUUUUUUGUAUGUGUAUAUCGCUCAAUCCCUGCUGCAGUACAAUAGCUUACUGAGCACGCCUCAAAGGGAUGAGAGAAAAAAGAGAUUACGUUUUGUGCGUCUCUUUCCCCUUUCCUUUUUAUUCCUGACACACAUGGUGGCUGAACAACCACAAGCGCUAUCAAUAAUAGUCACAAUGAACAUUUUAUAGAUGGAAUUUUUCCCCGACAGCGCGCGCUCUUACUGGUUACUUUGAAGUCACAUGACAUCAGUAAUUAAAACUGUUUCCCUCAAAAAGUCCCUGGGCACGCGGGCGACAAAAGCACUAUGACGUCAUAGGGUAUCUGGGAAACAGGGAAACAGUUCAGCGUCACCCGUGAAUGUUGAUCUUUCGCUGAAAUUAGCUUUUUCUUCCUGGGCUAUAUAACAAAUCACUUACUGACUGGCCCUCGGCGGAGAACUCUGAACUUCCCUUGGGAAAAGUUAUUAAGUUUACAUUUCCUUAAGGACAAUAAUCAAAUAAAGGUGUACAUGUAGUAACAAGCGCUGUAUCGAUGCUGUAAAUACAGGUUUGAAAACUGUUACAGCUGACCAAGGGAAAAGUACCCGUCCAUGUCGAAAACAGGGAUCCCAUUUUGUUGCUAAUCCUGUGCUGUAACAAACGAAAUAGAUUUAAAAGUAGGUAGCUUAAGCAAGUUUUCUUUGCUGUCUCAGUAACAGCACAGAUAUUGGUGUUCCAAAACAAUGAAACAACGACCAUGUUGGCGUUCGAAACCAAUCCUGUAGGAGUUACACUCUUUUUUUAUUGGCACUUUCUUUUGUUGAAAUAAACUUGCAUAGGGACUGGUCAAGUGAGUGAAAACGCUCUACCGCGUCAACCUCUUUCCCAGGUUCUCUCUCCUACCCGUCUCACUCUCUCGCGCGCUCCGUAGGGACGGGUAGGAGAGAACCCUGGGAACGAGGUCGCUACAACAUAUAACAGGAGCCUUAAAAAUUUGCUCAAGAACUCAUUUACAUUAAGCGAAGGAGGAUACUUUCCCACUGAAUCUCUCAGAAGCAAACACUGAUAAAAAAGUGUCAGGCGAGAGGUUCUCAGAUACAAUCGUCGAUGCCUACUAACUUUGUCGGAAGAGACUCAAAGUCUGCCAGCUUCCGCCUGCGAAGUAAGAGAAAUAUCUUCUCAGACAGAGAAGUAGCCCACGCACCAGGCUACCCCUGAAGGGGGCUUAAGUUCACUGGCUACCCCAACGAUUGCGAGCUGUUGCGUGACUACAGACAGGAAGCAGUAGAUUAAAACAACAAAUGAUUAACUCGAGGAAACAAGACACUCCACAGUCGCGAUGUCAAACAAAAUACUCUGAUCUUGGUGUGCGCUUUAUUCUUAAGAUGACAAGUGAAAAAAUAAUUUUCUUCUAGCAUUUUACUGAGAGAUAUUUGAGAGAAUUUAUCUACGAGCAGGUGAGUCUCUUUAUAGCUAUAUGGUACAUAAAAUUCUAGCAAACUAACAAACGUGUCAAACGUGAAACGUCCUUGCCUUAUCAGUUCAAUGGUUUUUAACUUGAGGUGGACGUAUUCACAAAAGAGCCAGCCAUUUACAGAGAUGAGAUUAAUUAAACACUCCAUAUUUAGUGCAUGCUUAGCCUGCGCAUGGAAAUAUGGAUGGCAAAAAGCGAGUGGUGCUAGCGAGGGAGAAGAGUGCGCGGGAGGAAAGAGGGAGCGCGUCCUUCUCUAUCGUGCGCGUCGCUAAUAAUAUUUCCCACGUUCCAUUGUGUGUCAGCUACGCAGUCUGCUUGGCCUUGAAAAGACCUUUAAGCGUUUCUCUUGUAACAGAUUUGGUAAAAUAAACUCUGAAACGCACACCUAGCUUUGCUUUAAACAACUCGACGCGCUAUAUACUAGGCUGCGAAUGCAGCUGUUUCUCCUCGAUCGAGUAGAGACGGCUGUGUUCGCAGGCUAUUCGAUGCGCGCGUGUUUCACCAUGACGAUUUGCUCACGUUCGUGGUCUUUCUCGCAGUUUUGCAAACGAGCCAUUUAUAAACUGAACAGCACGCACAAAGCAAAAGAACAUAUUUUACGUUAAAUGAAUACCUUCAUUCAAUUUAUUUUCACUGUGCGUCUAGGAAAUUAAACGUUCAUUUCUAUUUUCAGUGUUUAAUAUCUCCUUACCUGCUACUACGCUAAGUUUGCGGCGUGUCGGAAUUUUCGUUCAUCGCGAAAGUGGCAUCGUCACGGAAAUUAUACUGUUUAGAGUUGCUCUUACAACUCCAAAAUUUUUUAUUGGUAAAUUUUUUUCGCCUGAGACGAUGUACGCCAUGAUGAGUUACGUUUUAGCGAAAUUUGCAAGUACAGUCACGUUGGGAAAUAGCAAUGACUUUUUCCGAUCUGAAUAACUUCUUUUUUCGCUUUCUUUCCCGGCUUCUGUGUACAUGUUUGAUGAUUAUUUAAAAAACCGACCGUUUCUGAAAUGGGCCAAGCCUCUCUCGGUUAAAAAUACCAUUGUUUUGGCUUUGAAAAGCUCUCCAAUGUUCUUUUUGUAGUUGAUCAAAUUGAUCGCAGCGACUCGAAUCAUGAUGAUCGCAAUAUUGGUCUUGGCAACCUGUUUACACCAAGCCGUAGAAUCACAGCAAACUAUUCAUUGGGGGAGAUUUCUCUGUGGCGAGGUGAGUUCUAUAACACUCUUCACGACUUCUACUAUUUUAAGAUGCCCCGCAUAGUUCUGUUGGAAUUUUUAGGGCCUGUUUACAAGGAGGGAGGGUAACCCUGGUGCUAGGGUUACCCUAGGAAGAUGGUUACCCUAGCAUCACCCACAUUUCUUCUUUUUUACGCGACGUGGUUAAAAGGCACGUAGGGUUACCCUGGUUCUAGGGUUAACCUAGCAAGAGGGUACCCUGCCUUCCUCGUAAACGCUCUGCUAGGGACAACUGGCUUACCAACAGGCAACCCAGCCUAUCCACAGGUAGUCCAAGCUCGAAAAAUGAGCAUCGGCGUUAUUGCGUAACAUUCGAAAUAAGAGGAUUUGUAUGGGGAAGAAAACCUAUCUUUUCUAUAACCUACGAAAAAGAAAGGAUUUCAAUAAAAUAAAAAAAAAACAGCUUACCUUACUUAAAAUGUGUGUUACGUCUCUCCUGUGUGGUCCACGGGCCAAUUUAUGGCCAUUUCAUCGGUUUUAAUGUAACCGGCCUUCUCACCACGAAAUGGUGAUCAAAAUAUUCACACAGCCUGCCUCAUCCUCGGAAGUUUCAGGAUAUAAAUGGGAUUUUCUUUUCAGUUACUUUUCAAGAAGGCGUUUUUGUUUUUUUUUUUUUUGUUUUUUUUAAUUAUUAGGGCAUUUUGUCAUGGCUUACCUUCGAUUUGGCUAUUUUUACAGGUAGAAGGAAAGUGUAGACAGGAUUUCCUCGGGGCCCGUGGAGUAAUGGGAGUACAAGGAGAUGUAGGCCCCAGGGGUGCACCGGGGCCAAAAGGAAUCCGAGGCGACAGAGGUCCCAAGGGAUUUAGUUACAAUACAGAGCCAGUCCCGCUUGUUGGGCAAAAAGGGAUAAAAGGAAAUCCAGGUAUAUAGUAUAGAAUGUAACCACCUACCUCUCUCCUAAUCAAAUGUUAACACGAAUAUUAACCACAAAGGACUGCAAAGAACUGCAAACGAAUAUUCCCCAGAACUUAGGAUCUAUAAAGAAGACCUGAUCAGCAAAAAUACCAUAUAGACAUAUUAACCCUUUCACUGCCAAGUUUAGCGAAAAGCAAAUUUCGACCAAAUUUCCAAAUUUUAUUUUGUGAAAUUUUGAAAAACAAAUAGCACCAUGUAGGAGUACAGGCAGAGAGCUUUUAUUUGAGUGGUCACAUCAUAGGAUUUGGUCCACUGACUCAAAAGUUAGAGUCACAUUACAAAACUCGAUCAAGCACUCUGGCAGUGAAAGGGUUAAAUUCUGCAAUGCUGAUCGUACUACGUGAAAACUAACUCAGUCCAAGACAUCAACACGACACCGAUAGAACAUAAAACAGAGAGGGAAGUUAGCCUUCGACAGCUGUUUCGCCGUUAUUGUGGCUCUAAACAAUAAUGGCAAAACUGCUGUCGACGGCUACAACCCCGCUCUGUUUUGGGUUCUAUGGGUGUCGUAAAUUAAUAUCCACGUAGUACGAUCAGCAAUGCAGAAUUCAGCAUUGCAGAAUUUGAUAUGUAAAUGUUAACACUUACUUCUCCCUUUGAACAAAAUGUUGGGUUAGGGGAGGGGAGGGUGAACUGAUCUAAUAAGAUUUUGGUAAACCUGAUAGUUACGUAUAAUCUUCUUUUUCGCUUUCUUUCAACUGAUUUUAUUGAAAACUGGCAAACUCUUUGUUGUUUUGAGGUGCCAAGCGUGAAAGUUGAAAAUUACUCGCUCAUUUUUUAACAAACUUUUGACAAGAAUCCCUUGACAAGUAACAGUUCGCAAAGGGCCAAGUCAACUUUCGCAAAGACUUCUGGGACUGUUAUAUGGGACAGGUAAAUAAAAUGGCCAAUAGUUGACCGUUACGACCCCAGAAAGAAUAGCGGGACACAUUUCGGCUCUAGUCCCCUUCUCGUUUUUAAACUGGCGAUUGACUGAUUGAGGAGGUUCUCUGGUUGUUUUACAGGUUAUAGAGGCGAAAGAGGACAACGCGGCCAGCCCGGAUAUAAAGGAGCUUCUGGAGAUCCGGGAGAUAAGGGGGGAAGGGGCAAGACGGGAGACAAAGGAGACCCGGGAUUUCCUGGUGUCCAAGGACCUAAAGGCCCCCCUGGGAUAUCAGCGUCUUUAAAUAGCUGGAAAACAUGCGCAUGGAAGCGCGUAUAUCCUCUACAAGAGUACGGACUACUAAAGGUCUAAUCAUUUAUUCAUUUUUUUUUUUUUAUAUCCUUUUACUACCUCAGUGGCGGAUCCAGGAGAGAGGCCCAUGGGGCCCCCUUCCCCCCAUUUUUUUAGACCAAACUGAGGCCCGAAGGGCCGAAAAAAUAAUUUUCAGGAGACCGGGCCCCCCACUUAUCUAGGGGUCUGGAUGACCGCCAACCCCACCCCCCGCCCCCUUAUCUCAAGGUCUGGAUCCGGCACUGUUGACCUUAACGGGAUAAGGGGGGGGGGGAACAGGGGAAGAGAAUAAAAAUCGUUUAUAUAUCAAUGACUUCGAGCUUAGCCUUGUUUUGAAAUUGAGGCUUGGGGCAGCCUGGAAAUGGUCUUUUGUGUUACGUGUUAUCGGUGACAUUCUGUGGACUAGCUGUUUUGAAAGUUAUGGACCAAAAGACACUCGUUAAGCUCGGAUGGAGUUAUAAGUUGCGUAUAACUAUGUUUGUUUUGAACUACUACUAGUCUAUAUGUUUUCGCCCACUAGUAGCGAAAAGCGCCGGCUUUGAAAACCAAAACAAUGGCGGCUGAAUCGCGUUUUGCUAGCUAAAGUUGUUUUGUCUCGAUAUUUUUGACCAACUAGUUGGAUUUUACUAAAACAAUUCGACCUCAUGGGCUAUUGACUCAGAGCCCAUUCGACCUCGAUGGAUAAUUGUUAAAUAUAUACACACUUAAAGAGUUUGCCAGACACGAGUUUAUCAUUCUGAUCAUUCAAAAAUCUUUGAUUUGAAACAAUUUGCCAGACAUUCUCUCUCUGUUUGGGGAAUAAAACUCAGUCCACAAACAAGCAAGACGAGUGAAUCAACGGCUAGCUUACGGGGGCGGAUCUAGGGCGAGGGUGCAAGGGGUGCGCCCCCGAGAUGACCUGCGGUUUUCUAAUACAACUGGUAUUCUGCAAAAAAAAAAAGACUAUGUGGCUUAUUGGUGUUGAAGUAGAGCAAGAGAAGAGUGCACUCCCUCUUAAAAAAAUCCUGGAUCCGCCCCUGGCUUAUCACUAGCAGAACGAUGGACGAUUACAGAAAUUCGUCGACAAUUAAAUUCUGUACUUCAUUGUUGUUGCUGGAGUGGUAAUUUAACUAUAAAACGAUAAUGUUUAAACCGAUUUCUUCCUCUUUUUAAGGAAUGUAUUUUCAACAAGAUUAAUUCAGGGAGUGUGCUGCACGUAACGUUUGAAGGGAGCUUGCGAGUUGGUUUCUGUACCACGUGCUGCAAGCGGUGGUUCUUUGCCUUUGAUGGUAUUGAGUGUCAAGGUGGCAACAUAGAAGCGAGGCUAGAAGGUAGCAAGACGUUUGCUGGAAUGGAAUACCGUCACGUGAGAAUGGAAGGCUACUGCGCACGCCCUGCAGGACAAGUGUCUGUGGAAUUAUGGGCAGAGGAUUGCGCUGGUCAUCAGCGAGCAUCUAAAGUCCCAUUUGUAGAAGUUGAUUUCACUCCUAGAAUCACUGUUGAAGAGAUCAGUCUCACCGAAAUAUGA